AUGGGAAAAAAGCAACAAUCUUCGAAAGGAGGCGUCGCUGGGCGACAAAAUGCGAUGUCAGCGAAAAACGAGAUUAGCUUGGCGGAUACGUUGAGAAAAGGUCGCCACGAAUGUCUGUGCCAAGCUCGUACCCACAAAUUGGUCCUAAACUGUCUGGGAUGUGGUCGAAUCGUUUGUGAACAAGAAGGCAGUGGCCCUUGUUUCACUUGUGGAACUCUAGUAUGCACUCGAGAAGAACGAGAAACCCUAAAUCGAGGAAGCAAUAAAAGCAAGGAACUGCUAGCCAAGUUAACAGCAAACGGAGGAGAUAUCGGAUCACUGAAACAGAUAUCAACGUCGUAUCAGAAUGCGACAGAGUUUCGGAAUAAGUUGUUAGAGGCAGAUGCGGAUACAGAGCGUCGAACGAAAGUGAACGAUUUGCAAAGUGAUUACAGUACCAUUGAGAACAGCCCAUUUUUAAGUGCUGCCGAUCGAGAGGCAUUGAAAUUGAGGCGAGAAGAAUUGAGAGCUCUUCGCGAGAAGGAACGCAAGAAAUUCGUUGUUAGUUUGGAUUUCGAUGGAGGCGUUGUGCAAGAAAUGACGAGGAGGAAUGGAGUCGAUGGAUUGCAGGAUAAGAAUGAUCCAGUGAUUCAGAGGAUUAUGGAGAGAGUCGAUGAGAAGCAUCGAAUCCAGGAAGCCCUGCACAACAGUGCCGUCGAUGCUCGAUGGAAUCCGAUUGGAUUUGUGCCGAGGUACCUCGCCGAAGACGGUGCUCAACAUCCUGCCGAACAAAAAGAAUGCAGCGAUGGAGACAUCAUCGAUGCCGACAGUUUGAUGAUCGUCAGUGAUGAAUUGGCUGCUCAGAUAACCGAAGAAAAAGGAUAUGUGAUUUCGCUAUCCCAGCCAACAGCCACUUUUAUCGUUCACGGUUUGUGUCGAUUUUUGAAAUGGCCAACAGAUUUGAAUCUCAAAGGACCACUGUUCAUCACUGCUAAACCAGGAAGUACAAAUGAAAAGGGAAUUAAGGAGUUCGCGAAAAAGUUUGUAAGAGAUGCCAAAAAGAUGAGCGAACUGGAUUUCGCCGAUGGUGCCGUCUUGGGAAGAGCCUUCCUUCAAGAGUGCAUGAUGCUCGACGAUUUUUACGACAAGUACGGUAGCAAGUCAGCAAUACCCGGCGACGGAAAUUUCGUGUUGUGUUUCAACGCAUUCGAGCCGUUGGUAUCUUCAAUUCCACAUAUUUCUACUAGCGAAUCGGAUAUUUAUGAAAUGGAUCGACAGUUGAAACGGUCAUUGACAAAGUGGUGA